AUGUCCCACCCUGAUCAACAGUCCAAUAACACUCACCUAUUCCAAUCUCAAGAAAUAGGUGCCGUCCUGGUUUCGAACCUGCGCAAACAGGUUAUGAGCCCUGCCAAUGCAACCGACCUUAUUCCCAUUGAACUACUUGGUGUCCAAAACUAUGAUAUGUGGUAUCAUUACUUUAUGCAAGUAGUUGGUGAAGCCAGUCACAUUUGGUCAGAAUAUGUUGAAACUGGAGAUAUUCAAUCCGUUAGAAUUGAAUAUGGAUUACCUGAUAUUCAAAUCAAGUCUAUGAAAAUAAUCUUAGACACUAAUCUUGUUUCUCUUAUCAAAAAAAAUGUUUCUAAAGAUAUUGAGAAAAAGAUUAGAAAACUCUUUCUGAAGACUAAAAGAUCUGGUCCAACAGGAAUGGUACUUUUAGAGUACUUAAAAAAGAACUAUGGUAGGAAAGGUGUAAGUCCCCCAUGCCUAUUUUUUUCGAAUCAACUCCGCCUCCCCAAACCUUUAAAGAAAAAAGAAAUGGGCAAAAAAUUUGGCAAACCCAGGUCAAGGGGAGGGAUAAACUGA